UUUUUGUUCUAGUUGGUCUUGGACUGUGCUAGACAGUAACAGAACGUCAAUUUUUAUUUUUGACAAAAAGUUGUCAAUCAUAAAAACAAUAUUGGGUAGUAUUAAACAGUAAUAGAAUGGAAAUUUCGUCCUAUUUUAAACUAAUUGUAGCAGAGGGUUUAGAUUAAUUUUUUUAUGGAAGUACAGUAGCUUAUAUAUAUUUAAAAAAUGAUUCGUGAAGACGAUCCCCAAUUUCGGAUAACACCUGUCCAACAAAUGGCAUCGGCAUGUUCCGGUGCCCUGAUAACCUCGCUCUUUAUGACACCAUUAGAUGUAGUGAAAAUAAGGUUACAAGCUCAACAGAAAGCACUACUUUCUAACAAAUGUUAUUUAUAUUGUAAUGGACUUAUGGAACAUCUAUGUCCUUGUGGUGAGGCAGCAUGGAUACCACGACGUGUACAUUUCCACGGAACAAUGGAUGCUUUCUACAAAAUAUCAAAAAUAGAAGGUGUUACUGCAUUAUGGUCUGGCUUGAGUCCUACUCUAGCUUUAGCUCUUCCUUGCACUGUUAUCUAUUUUGUGUCAUAUGAACAGCUAAGAUACAAAAUGAAAACAACAUAUAAUACAAUAACUGGGAACAUGGGCCAACCAAUGUGGAUCCCAUUAUUUGCCGGUGCAACUGCUAGAAUGACUGCUGUAACACUUGUUAGCCCAGUAGAACUCAUUAGGACCAAAAUGCAAUCACAGAAAUUGACUUAUUCAGAAAUAUCCAUAGCAUUACAACAAGUUUUAAAAUAUGAAGGAUUUAAAGGACUGUUUCGAGGACUUAGCUCAACGCUCUUGAGAGAUGUACCAUUUUCAGGUAUUUAUUGGACAACUUAUGAGAAAACUAAGAGAAUUUUUGAUAAACCUGACUCAGAAAAAAAUACAUUUCUAUUUAAUUUUUUCUGUGGUUCAGUUGCUGGAAGUGUGGCAGCUUUUGUAACUCUACCAUUUGAUGUAAUAAAGACACACCAACAAAUUGAAUUAGGUGAAAAAGAAAUCUAUACUGAUGGAAAAACACGACAAAGAGCAUCAAACAUGAAAGAUAUAGCCAAGGCUAUUUAUAGGAAUCAUGGUAUCAAAGGUUUAUUUACUGGUUUCCUACCUCGUAUAUUCAAAGUAGCACCAGCUUGUGCUAUUAUGAUUGCAACAUUUGAAUAUGGAAAACAAUUCUUCCAGAAGUACAACUCCCAGCAAUAUAAGGAAAUGAUGCAACGACAAGGUGUAGAUCUUACAAUUAUUAAAAGUGAAUAGUCUUCAAAACAUGACAUAAGCUAGCUUAUGUGGUAUUUAGGUAUAAUUAUUUUUAUUUUUCACAUAGUGUAACUUUUAACUAAUAUGACUCAGAAGUGGAGUCAUGUUUUACAAAUUUAUCAAGGCAUUCCUUAAUUAGUAUUUUACAUUCAAAAGUAUUGCCUACUUAUAUUAUGUAGUCAAAAGCAGUAUUUUUUAAACCUAUGGGUUUAAAAAAAUACUGCUAUUACAGUACCAUUUCAUAUUGACUUUUAUAAGUCAUACAUCUGUUAAUUCUGUAUUACCAUUAUAUAUGCAUUGUUAUUACAGACAUCACAAGGAUAUAAUAAUAGUGAGUCAAAGUUCAGGUGGAAAUGAUUACUCUUAGCAAAUGGACAUCAAAAACAAUAACUUUAAUGGCUGUAAAAUAUUCUUUAAAAAUAAUACAAAGUAUAUAUAAUUAUUAUAAGUAGGUGUACAGGAACAAAUGUUAUGUAGUAAUUACUAGGAAUUGUAAAUUAAAAAUAAUUUAUAGUAAAAGUUUGUUGCUUUUACAAAAGAAUGUAAUUUGUAUAGGAUUAUAAUAUAUAUUGUAUAUUCGAAGCAAAAUAUUGCAUUAAAUUUGUUUCAUUAUUAUGUCUUUGACAUAACUAUUGGCAGUGUUAUUAUCAUAUGUACAAAAUAUUAUAA